CAUAUCAUACAUAGUCAGAAAUGAGCUCAGUGAACCAUCUACUAGCGUAAUUGAUGUCGCCAACAAAGUGCGAGAAGACCCACUUUUCACAAUCAGGAAAAAAGAACUUGAGGAAAAGAAGAAAUUAAUUAACAAUCCAGUGAAAAUGAAACAACUUAAACAGCUACUGCAGCAAAGUGUAGGAAAGAAAGAUAAGAAGAAGAAGAAGAAAAGGAAGCACAAGAGAAAAUAUUGUGAUAGCAGUAGUGAAGAUGAUACUGUUUUAAAAAAAAAUUCAAAGUCUAAGGUUUUAGGAGAAAGUAAAGAAAAGAGCAGUGGGCACUUGAAGUAUAAAUCUCCAGGAGGGAAUGACACUGCCAUGAAGAAGCAUGACAUGUUAGAUGAAAAUAAAAAGAAGCAUCGUAAGCAGGACUCAGAAGUAGAUUCUGAUGAAGAAAAGAGGAGGAGAAAACAACAGUAUGGAUUAAUAGUCAUGAUAGAGUGGAAACCUCCACAGCAGUCCAUGCAGGCAAAGUGGAAACCUCCACAGCAGUCCAUGCAGGUAAAGUGGGAAUCUUCACAGCAGUCCAUGCAGGUAAAGUGGGAAUCCUCACAGCAGUCCAUGCAGGUAAAGUGGGAAUCCUCACAGCAGUCCAUGCAGGUAGAGUGGAAACCUCCACAGCAGUCCAUGCAGGUAGAGUGGAAACCUCCACAGCAGUCCAUGCAGGUAGAGUGGAAACCUCCACAGCAGUCCAUGCAG